AUGGCUUUCGUCUUUCUGGAUCGAUGCUCUAAAUGGGUAGAGAUCGUGGCAGUCCGCAAAGCCACAACUGAAGGCCUCACACGAGCAUUCCGAGAAAGGAUCUUAGCCCGUUUUGGCUUCCCAAAGAUAUUGAUUACGGAUAACGGAGAACGAUUCACCAGUAUGCGCUUCAAAGACUUCCUACGCGAGCAUCGGGUGAAACACCAGCUAACCGCACCCUACACACCGCAGGAGAUACCAACCGAAAGGGCAAACAGGAACAUUAAAAGAAUGAUAGCGCGAUUCACCGGAAAAGAACAACGUGAUUUAGAUGAACUACUCUCGGAAAUAACUCUCGCACACAAUACCUGCGUAGGUGAAUUCACAAGUCCUACUAAAGGUACUAAGGAGUCCAAAAUGUCCGAUUCCGAAACAAAGAAGGGAUCUUCACUCGAAGCCCUAAGCACUAAAAGGGAAUCGUCACAAGCGCGCAGAUCUAAACAGAUCGAUCCUUCCGCGCAACAACUAAUUUCAUUAAGUGACAAUGUCAUUAGAUACUGUUCUCGAUUCGGUGAUUUCCCUAUUCCGGAUCACACGGAAACGUACCUAAAAAUUAAAGACAACACUCAUCUGGGCAGAAUUGAAAGCUGUAAAUAA